GCGUACCAGGCGUCGGGCGCGGCCACGGGCAACGCGUUCGGCGGCCUCUCGCAGGGCAUGCUGCCGCAGCAGCAGCAGGCGGCGGCGGCGGCGUCGCCCGAGGCGGCGGCGGCACCGGCUGAGAAGAUGGGCUGGCAGAGUUUCGCGCAGCAGGGCGCUUCGACCGGCGGUGGCUUCAUGCAGCAGGGCGCCGGCACCGCCUCGGCCUUCAUGACGGACCCGAACUUCGACUUCGCAAAGGAGGGCGACAAGUACAAGGCGUCGGGCGCCCAGACCCAGUCCGCGUUUGGCGCGCUCGGCCGGGAGAAGUCCGCCGAGGCGGCGCCUGCGGCCGAGGCUGCGCCGGCCGAUGGCGCCAAGCCGCGCGGCGGCUGGAUGCCGUUUGCGCAGCAGGGCGCCGCGACCGGCGCCGGCUUCGGCGCGCAAGGCAUGGACACGGCGUUCCGCUUCUUCACGGACCCGAACUUCGACUUCCAGAAGGAGGGGCAGGCGUACCAGGCGUCGGGCGCGGCCACGGGCAACGCGUUCGGCGGCUUGUCGCAGGGCAUGCUGCCGCAGCAGCAGGCGGCGGCCCCGGCGGCGGCGGCCCCCGAGGCGGCGGCGGCACCGGCUGAGAAGGUGGAGGCGGCUGCGGCGGCGGCUCCGGCAGCCGAGGGCGCCAAGUCUCGCGACAUGUUUGGGCCUCUGGAGUGCUUUGGCAACAGCGACGAGUGCGCAAAGCGGGUGCAGAGCCACCCCGCGGACCUUGUCGGUGGCCACACGAACGCCGUCAUCGGGGCCUCCGUCCUCGGCGCCGUCGUCGGCGGCGGGCCGAUUGGCGCCGGCGCUGCGGGCCUGCUGACCAACACGGUGCUUCCGGGCGACGAGGACGCCGAGCCCGCGCACGAAGAGCACGCCCAGGGAUACGGCAAGGGGCACGGCGGCUACCGCCCAUACAACUACCGGUACGGCGGCGGCGCGCCCGCCAAGGGCUAUGGCGGCUACCGCCAGCACAACUACGGCUAUGGAGGCGACUUUGGCGGGUACCACUACGGCGGCGGCGGCGGCGGCGGCGGCGGCUACCGCAACCGCGACGUUCCCUCUCCGGCCGAUGGCGCCAAGCCGCGCGGCGGCUGGAUGCCGUUUGCGCAGCAGGGCGCCGCGACCGGCGCCGGCUUCGGCGCGCAAGGCAUGGACACGGCGUUCCGCUUCUUCACGGACCCGAACUUCGACUUCCAGAAGGAGGGGCAGGCGUACCAGGCGUCGGGCGCGGCCACCGGCAACGCGUUCGGCGGCCUGUCGCAGGGCAUGUUGCCGCAGCAGCAGGCGGCGGCGCCGGCGGCAGCGGCGCCCGAGGCGGCGGCGGCACCGGCUGAGAAGAUGGGCUGGCAGAGUUUCGCGCAGCAGGGCGCUUCGACCGGCGGUGGCUUCAUGCAGCAGGGCGCCGGCACCGCCUCGGCCUUCAUGACGGACCCGAACUUCGACUUCGCAAAGGAGGGCGACAAGUACAAGGCGUCGGGCGCCCAGACCCAGUCCGCGUUUGGCGCGCUCGGCCGGGAGAAGUCCGCCGAGGCGGCGCCUGCGGCCGAGGCUGCGCCGGCCGAUGGCGCCAAGCCGCGCGGCGGCUGGAUGCCGUUUGCGCAGCAGGGCGCCGCGACCGGCGCCGGCUUCGGCGCGCAAGGCAUGGACACGGCGUUCCGCUUCUUCACGGACCCGAACUUCGACUUCCAGAAGGAGGGGCAGGCGUACCAGGCGUCGGGCGCGGCCACGGGCAACGCGUUCGGCGGCCUCUCGCAGGGCAUGCUGCCACAGCAGCAGGCGGCUGCGGCGGCGGCGGCGCCCGAGGCGGCGGCGGCACCGGCUGAGAAGAUGGGCUGGCAGAGUUUCGCGCAGCAGGGCGCUUCGACCGGCGGUGGCUUCAUGCAGCAGGGCGCCGGCACCGCCUCGGCCUUCAUGACGGACCCGAACUUCGACUUCGCAAAGGAGGGCGACAAGUACAAGGCGUCGGGCGCCCAGACCCAGUCCGCGUUUGGCGCGCUCGGCCGGGAGAAGUCCGCCGAGGCUGCGCCUGCGGCCGAGGCUGCGCCGGCCGAUGGCGCCAAGCCGCGCGGCGGCUGGAUGCCGUUUGCGCAGCAGGGCGCCGCGACCGGCGCCGGCUUCGGCGCGCAAGGCAUGGACACGGCGUUCCGCUUCUUCACGGACCCGAACUUCGACUUCCAGAAGGAGGGGCAGGCGUACCAGGCGUCGGGCGCGGCCACGGGCAACGCGUUCGGCGGCCUCUCGCAGGGCAUGCUGCCGCAGCAGCAGGCGGCGGCGGCGGCGGCGGCGGCGCCCGAGGCGGCGGCGGCGGCACCGGCUGAGAAGUCUGCCGAGGCGCCGGCGACGGAGGGCGCCAAGCCGCGCGGCGGCUGGAUGCCGUUUGCGCAGCAGGGCGCCGCGACCGGCGCCGGCUUCGGCGCGCAAGGCAUGGACACGGCCUUCCGCUUCUUCACGGACCCGAACUUCGACUUCCAAAAGGAGGGCCAGGCGUACCAGGCGUCUGGCGCGGCCACGGGCAACGCGUUCGGCGGCUUGUCGCAGGGCAUGCUGCCGCAGCAGCAGCAGGCGGCGGCGGCGGCGGCGGCGCCCGAGGCUGCGGCGGCGCCGACUGAGAAGGCGGGCUGGCAGAGUUUCGCGCAGCAGGGCGCUUCGACCGGCGGCAUGGACACGGCGUUCCGCUUCUUCACGGACCCGAACUUCGACUUCCAGAAGGAGGGGCAGGCGUACCAGGCGUCGGGCGCGGCCACCGGCAACGCGUUCGGCGGCCUCUCGCAGGGCAUGCUGCCGCAGCAGCAGGCGGCGGCGGCGCCCGAUGCAGCGACGGCGCCCGAGGCUUCGGCCAUGCGCGCAGCUUCCCAGCCGGUUCGCAAGCACCUUGUUCUCGGCCCGUUUUCGAUGGGCUUGGUCGUGCUCGCUGUGGCCGCGGCUGUCAUUGGCGCUAUCCGUGCUCGCGCGCGUGCGGUGUGGGUCAAGGGUUUGAAGUACGCGCGGCAGACCAACGCCGACGAGUUCGUCUAAAUGCGACUACGCGCGUGCACGUUCGUCGUGGUUGAUAGUAAGGGCGGUUCGAUUGCUACCGCACGCCGUUCGCUGCUAUGUCGAUUUAGUUUGCGUCGAGACUUCUUGCGGCGCAACGACACGGAUUGAGAGGUAUUGGGGGCUUGGCGGCAGGCGCGCACUGCGCAGGCCGCAGCGGCCAGCGCGUCGCUCUCAUCAGACGGCGCGCUGGGCGUGUGUGGGGGAUUGGGUUGAGGAGAUUGGGUUGAGGUGUGUGGUCGUGGCUCUUCGCUGGCGAGAAGUAUAUAUAUAAUCUGGUUCAAAAGCAGUAAAGAGC